AUGGCGGGAACGUGCAUCUAUCCACGGCCAUGGCCUAUCCUUCAUCGCGAUAGCAAAAGUGGAAUCCAUGGCGGUUUCCGAUGUUGUUCCAGAAACAAUGUAAGUAAGAGAGAAAAGGAUCCUCCGACGCCUUUCCUACUGAGAAUUGCAGUGAGCGGCGUCACAGAACUUCUCCGCAUUAUCUCUCCAUCCGAUAAAUUGAAGAAGGAAAAUGCUAUGACAGGAAAUGAAGUUUCAGUUUCUAGCAUUGAUGAUGUUGUUUUGAUCCUAAAGUCAGAUUAUGCAAAUGCUUAUUUUGUCACUGGAAAUUUCACUUCCACAAUUUAUGCAGAAGAUUGUUUAUUUGAGGAUCCGACUAUUAAAUUUUAUGGUUCCGAACUUUACUCUCGCAACUUGAAAUUGCUUGUUCCAUUCUUUCAACAUCCAUCAAUCGAGUUGAAAACAAUCAACAAGCUUAACAGCAGCUUGGGUGCGAAUUCUGUAUUGGCAAACUGGAAACUUAGAACCUACCUCAAGCUUCCAUGGAAACCUCUCAUCUCCAUUGAUGGAAGUACAGUGUAUGAUUUGGAUGAGGAACUUAAAAUUGUUCGUCAUGCUGAGAGUUGGGAGAUUUCUGCAUUUGAAGCAAUUUCCCAGAUUUUUACCCCAAGUCCUGGUAAGUAACUAAUCUAACUCAUCCUGUGUAAGUAAUUUUAACUUUAACACCAAAUUGUUUUUUUUU